CAAUAUUCUCUGUGGUGUGGUGUUUUGAGGCUUAAUCUGGUUCCCUGCAUACAUAUCUCCCCCCCUGCCUGUGUCACUGCUUUUGCAGUGUUCCUCCCACUCCGCCUUCCCACACCGUGCUCCAUUCUGGUGCUCGUCUCUCCAUCAACGUCACCUGCCCUCUCAGACUCCUCUUCUUUUCUUCACUUUUGACACUCACCUUCAGUGAAAGUCCCCUUGUACUCACUCAAUUCUCACUUUCUCACCUCUCGCAAGCUUUCGUCUGAGGUCAAAGUGAAGUUCCCUUCACUUUUCGUCGCAUCAUUCACUGUUGUGUUGUCUAGCCGCUCACUUUUCGUCGCAUCUCCUCACUAUUUAAGGCAUUCACACCACCUUCCUCCCUCCAUCCUCCUUUAACCUCUCUGCCAGCCUUCCUCAUUCUCGAUCUCCGCCAACGUUCCCCCGCCCCUCGAUCGAAGAUUCUUUCCCUGAACCCUGUCCUCUUCCAAGACGGACCCUACACCUGAGCCUACGCUCCACCUCUCUGCUUGACUUCUCCAGCCGUUCUCCGCUGUAGCCAGAUUUGGACAGCGUCGUCUACCUACGGGUUCCGUUUCUGCCUGCAAUGUCACAGAAUCGGCCCAGCAUGUUUUCAAGCUUGCGUAUGGGGGAGGUCAUUCGCGAGAAAGUUCAGGAUGGCGUGACUGGCGAAACUCGGGAGAUGCAGUAUACACAGUGCAAGAUUGUUGGCAAUGGUUCCUUUGGAGUUGUCUUUCAGACCAAGCUCUCUCCAGGCGGAGAGGAUGCUGCCAUUAAGCGUGUUCUCCAGGACAAACGUUUCAAGAACCGUGAGCUGCAGAUUAUGCGCAUUGUUCGUCACCCGAAUAUCGUCGAACUCAAGGCAUUCUACUAUUCCAACGGAGAUAGGAAAGAUGAAGUUUACCUGAAUUUGGUCCUCGAAUUUGUGCCUGAAACCGUCUAUCGUGCAUCUCGUUACUUUAACAAGAUGAAAACCACUAUGCCUAUGCUUGAAGUCAAGCUUUACACUUACCAGCUUUUCCGAGCUCUCGCAUACAUCCACUCACAGGGUAUCUGCCACCGUGACAUUAAACCUCAGAACCUCCUUCUCGACCCUAGUACCGGCGUGCUCAAGCUUUGCGAUUUUGGGAGCGCCAAGAUUCUUGUUGAGAAUGAGCCCAAUGUUUCAUACAUCUGCUCACGUUACUAUCGUGCACCGGAACUGAUCUUUGGAGCAACUAACUACACCACUCAGAUCGACGUUUGGUCCACUGGAUGUGUCAUGGCAGAAUUGAUGUUGGGCCAGCCGUUGUUCCCCGGUGAAUCCGGUAUCGAUCAGCUCGUUGAGAUUAUCAAAGUUCUCGGUACUCCGACCCGUGAGCAGAUUAAGACCAUGAACCCGAAUUAUAUGGAACACAAAUUUCCGCAGAUUAAACCUCAUCCCUUCAACAAGGUCUUCCGCAAGGCUUCACCUGAGGCUAUUGAUUUGAUCACUGCUCUCCUUGAAUAUACCCCGACCCAGCGUCUUUCCGCCAUCGAGGCUAUGUGCCACCCGUUCUUCGAUGAAUUGAGGGACCCGAAUACUCGCUUGCCGGAUUCACGCCACCCAAGUGCUUCUGCCCGUGAAUUGCCCAAGCUUUUUAACUUCACUCACCAUGAGCUGUCCAUUUCUCCUUCAUUGAACCAUAAGCUGGUGCCUCCUCAUGCAAAAUCCGAACUUUUUUCCCGCGGUAUUGAUAUUGAUAAUUUCAUUCCGCUCAAAAAGGAAGAAAUGAUGGCACGCCUUGACUGAAUUAAAACUUCAGCUCAUGAACCACAAACUCUAUUCUUGUUUGCUGGAAGUGACAAAUGCUCGUCUCGAAGUCUUUCUCUCUUGACAUGACUUUGGAGUUUUCAAGCUUAUGCAUCGAACGGUUCUUUUCUUCAAAACAGAAAUUUAAAAACACCAAAAAUCCCCUCGAGUUAUCGUCUAGACCUUCGCUGCAUGAAAACCUCGAACCUAAAAUGCUUUACAAUCAUGCCAUUCAUGGUUUUGAUGGUGCCAAGCGGCAAUGAAUCAAUGAUUUCCUUUUUCUGAUCAUGAUAUGGUGAACGCGUGAUACCAUGGAGUUAUCGGACAGGUCGGUGGGGUCUUGAAAUCAUAUUUCCGGAAAUUGCAAGUGAAUAGGGACAUGUUAUGCCUGCUGAAACUUUUUUCUUUUUCAUUUUUCUUACUUAUUAACCAAGGUGUCUCAAUGAUAGGCGUGGUGGGGGGGAGGGUAGCCGAGAGUGACAGGAUGGCUUUGCGAGAAGAUUGAGUAAACGGGUAAAAGCAAAGCGAGACAGCCUGAGUUUGGGGAUGACGUGUAUUUUUUUUGUCGAUAUUCGCAUUCGACGACGGCCUCCAUAUCCAUGGACUAUCAUUGAAUCCAGAUACCUGCAUUUCUUGUC